CAUCAGCGUCAUUAAUUUUACUUACGUGUCUGGUGAUCGUUUUGCCUAUUCCCCAACAACCCAGCCCCAAACCUUGACAUGUUGUUCCAGUAGAUCUCGUGCAUUGUUUUCAUGCAGCUCUGUGCUCUGUUUCAGGAUCGCUUUCACCCCUGCAAAGAAAUGUCUUGCUACGACCUGUGCCCCACCACCAGCAGCAUCGCCUGCCCCCAGCCCGUCGCUAACAGCUGCAAUGAGCCAUGUGUUCGCCAGUGCCCCGACUCCACGGCCUUCAUCCAGCCGCCCCCCGUCGUCGUCACCUUCCCCGGCCCCAUCCUCAGCUCCUUCCCCCAGCAAGCCGUGGUGGGCUCCUCCGGAGCACCGGCCUUUGGGGGCUCCCUGGGGCUGGGGGGCCUCUACGGCGCUGGGAGCCUCUAUGGUUAUGGGGGCUCUCUGGGAUAUGGGGCCCAGUACGGAUACGGGAGUUCAGCCCUCUCCACGCUCGGCAGCGGGUACUGCAGCCCGUACUCCUCCCGCCGGUACAGCCGCUUCCUCCGCAGCAGCUGUGGGCCCUGCUAAAGGCAGCAGGGAGGUCUCAGAAGAGCCACACAUGAAGGCCCAAACGCAGAGCAAU